AUGACUGCCCAGUUGAGGAACAAAAAGAAGAGUGGCGUCAAGAAAACUGUUACCUUUUCUGAUGACACCACCAUUAGCAAAUCUACCAACAAGAAGAAAACCGACUUUAUGUCCACGAACCCACCAGUUUUUGUCCGGAAGACGCCGUUGACAAUCCCGUGGCAUCUUAUAGGGCUUUUGAUCUUUUACAUAAAGGUUUCCAAGAAUUACAAUGGCGAGCAAUUGCUGCUCGGUUUGAUCCCUAUGCAGAUUCUAUAUCUAAUAUUCCAGUUCAACAAGAGUACGAUAUAUGGUAAGAAAAGGUUGAAGAUGAACACUACAUUGCUGUUACUUUCAAUUGUUGGGUCAGUUGCUAUGAGUAUCCCUGCUAUGGCUAUUGCUAUUUUACUGGGUGCUCCACUAGUAGAGCAUUUAAGAUCGACUUGGUUGAUGGCGUUGCAUUCUAGCUUCUUGGCGUUCCCAGCACUUUACUCUGUGGUCAAUUGCGACUUCAAAGUAACUAUAUGGAGGAAAUAUUUCAUCGCGAUAGUAGUAGGUGGCUGGAUAAGCUGUAUUGUGAUCCCAUUAGAUUGGGACCGGGAUUGGCAAGCCUGGCCCAUUCCUGUUAUCGUAGGUACGUACUUAGGUGCGUUUGUUGGCUAUACCAUUGGGGCAUUCCUUUGA